AUGGGCCAGCUCGUCAACAUCCGCACCCAUGUGCCAGAGAUCUUGGAUCUUCAAGACUCCAACUACUCCGCUUGGAGCACCUUCUUCGAGCUGAUGUUCCAGAAGUUCGGCAUCAUGGACCACGUCGACGGCACCGUCGACGCCCCCGCGCGCAUCUACGACGUCGAGUGGACUCAGAUCGACCACUGCAUGGCUCUACACCACCCUAACCACGGAUCUUCGCACCAUGGUCUUCAAGCGCCGCACCACCGCCUACUCUCUGGGGACAUGAGAGUCUCCGAGUACUGCGGCAAGCUCAAGAAACUCGCCGACACGCUCAACGUCGUCGGCCACCCCAUCUCCGACAUGGAACUCAUCGUCAACAUGCUGCGUGGCGUCAACUCCAAAUUUCGCUCUUCUCUUGGCAUCAUUAGUACUACGAACCCUCCACCAACAUUCUUGUACGCGCGUUCCUUCCUUCUUCAGGAAGAACAGUACCUGGAACUUACUCACAAGAUGGAGGCCGCCACUGCUCUUGUCGCUGCCGGUUCUUCAUCGACCACCGGUGGCAAGUACAAGCAGGCAUCAUCAACAACCUCUGCACCGGCCACGUUCUCCCCAUCCAAGUCCGGCUCCGACCGCAAAAAGAAGCACAAGCAGUCGGAUGGCCGGAACCGCAACAACACUAGCACAGCCGCACCCCAGCAGCCGGCCGGCCAUUCCUUCCCGUCGUGGGGGCUGGCGUACAAUCCCUGGACGGGCGUUGUCCAAGCUUGGCCCAUGCCACAAUGGUGCCCCCGCCCAUUGGUGUCAUCGGCACUCGUCUCGGCGCUCCUGCUCCGCACGCCAUGA